AUGACCACUCCAUCUGCAUCAGCAUCUUCAUCACAAUUUCUCAACGCUCAAGCUCCUGAAAUUUCCUAUCGGAAUGGAAGAUUUCUCCGAGAUAAGAGUGCCAUUGUUUUUGAUUGGAGUGGAUUCAUCAUUUCCACACAAUUUACUCAUCGUGAGAAUGCCUCUCAACCUAUCAAUUCAUUAAAGAUGGUUGUUCAUUUGGAUGAUCCAGGAAAUUUGUAUAAUUGUUACUUGUGGAAAAUUAGUGAAAAUAAGAGAGUGAAAUUGUUGCAGGAAAAUGUCUUGACAACUGUUAAGGGAGAAAAUGCAUUUGGAUUGGUGUUUAAUUGGCCUAUGGAUAAGGAUUCUCAAUCAUAUGUUGUUGAAAUUGAAAUUGAGAAGAGAACUGAAGCUAUGGUUGGAGUUGUUCAAUUUUAUGGAAUUACCUUUUUACAAUCUGUUCAAUUAAUUCAAAGAAAUUCAAUGAAAUUGAAGGAGAAAUCAAGUACUGAUCUCAAGAUUGAAUUCAUUGGAGACUCAAUUACAUGUGCAUAUGGAAAUAUGGGUAAGCCGCCUUGUGCCUACACUCCUGCCACUCAAAACGUACAUGAAAGUUUUGUUGAAAAGACAGCAAGAUAUGUCAAUGCUAGUGAAAUUCACAUUGAAUGUUGGUCUGGAAAGGGUGUAGUUCGUAAUUUUGCAGAUAAGAACACUACCAGUGUUGAUCCAUUCCCAGUUUACUAUCCAAGAACUUUGGCAAAUGAUGCAAACAGUGUUUGGGAAUUUAGAAAGACAUUUAUUCCAGAUAUUGCUGUAAUUACUUUGGGAACUAAUGAUUUCAGUACUGCUCCUAGACCUAGUUUUGAACAAUUCUCAAAUGGUUAUCAGAAAUUCCUUGAUUUCAUUUUUGGAAAGUAUGCUCCAAUUAAGGGACCAUCUUUCAAGAUUGUAAUGGUUGUAAGUUUCAUUGUUCAAAAUUUCAUUUCAAUUGUUAAUCUAUUGGAUACUAUUGGAUAUGUAGAGUGUUGUGGCCACUGA